GAUGACUCGCGAUUAUAUAUCGUUAAUUACCACCGCAAACAAUAAUGGAAUUGGGAAGUAAAAGUAAUAGAAGUUUUAAUAACUUGCCCGAAGAAAUUGUGGAAAAGAUUUUAUGGUAUCUUUCACCUUACCGAGAAUGUGAUGAUGCUGCUAGAGUGUGUAAAGUAUGGAAUAGACUUAUUCACGGCAUACAACAACGUAGAUACCAUGCAUUCAGAAAUAAUACACAAGAUGGUAAGAUACGUUGGAGCCAUAAACAAUGCCCUCAAACACCUGUUACAGCUCGUCAUUCACAUAGUGCUUGUUACGUAGAUGGCAAUAUGUAUAUCUUUGGCGGAAGCUCUGUAUCCGAAACAACAUUUAAUGACAUUUGGAAGUUGGACUUGACCAGCAGAAAAUGGUCUCGUGUAAUCGCAUCAGGAAGUGGUCCACGUUCCAUGCCGUCUCCACGUGCUUCAGCUUCUAUGGUUUACUAUAAGGGUUUACUGAUAGUGUUUGGAGGAUGGGCUCCUCCUCUUCCAUCACCUCUUUAUCCAGCUCCAAGGUUUUAUAAUGAGCUUCAUGUAUAUGACAUGGCUUUGAAUCAAUGGUCCGCUAUCACAACAUCAGUGACACCUCCUCCAAUGGCUGGGCAUAGAGCAACAGUUGUGAAAAACAAAAUGAUAAUAUUUGGUGGAUGGCAUGUACAGGAAAGAAGUAAUGAUAUUUGGGUGCUAAACAUGGAUAAAAUGGAAUGGCACAAACAGGACACAAAACAACCAAAACCUCUUGAGCGGUCCGGCCAUGGUCAAAUUAAGAUCAAUGACCAAUAUCAAUUAAUCAUUGGAGGCUGGGGAAAGAACGGAAUGCUUUGUGAUGAUAUCUGGUUGUUGCAUAUGGAUCCCUGUUUACCGUGGAACUGGACUCCAAUCCAAAUUGAUAAUGCAGCACAUUCACCUCCUGAGAUUUGGUGCCAUCCAGUUGUUAAAGUGGGUAAUUCUGUAGUUGUUUAUAGUCGCAGCAAACGACCUCAACAUAAACAUCAUAAUCCUUGUAUUUCCUCCAUGAGAACUGGCCCUCGAGCAAGUAAUGAACUUAGGGAAGCAGUUCCUGUUGCUAACAAUAUAGACAAUUGUGUGAAUGGUAUUCGAGGAAGCCUGCAAAAAAGUGCUACUGACAACUCUUAUGAAAAUAGGGACCAACCAUUGACUUCAAAAACCAAUUCUGCAUUUUGUGGACAAGAUUACCCUGGUUUGCAUUGUAGUUGUAAAUGGCCAACAAAAGCACAAACACAAUCAACUCUUUUGGUAAGAUCUCCUCUUCAGUUGUAUAUUCUAGAUAUAACAAACGUAUUAAGCGAUCAUAUUGUAAAGUGGCGUGUAGCAGUGCAGAAUGGAAACCAGGUUAGUGAUCAGAUAAGAGCUUUCCCAUUGGACCAUAGACCUCCACCAGAAAGGAUAUCAUUUUAUUCAGUUGUUUUGGGACAGGCAGAGAUGGUGAUGUUUGGUGGUGCUGUGAUGGAUCCUGAAGUAGGUAGAAGGACCACAGCAGUAAAUUCUGCGCAUUUUGCAUGCUGAUGUUCGCACUAACUAAAGCAUUUUAAUAUAUAUUAUGUCGUAGACUUCGUAAUUACAGUACUUAUUUAACAUACCUGUACGUAAAACUAUUAUUUAUUGUAUUUAUUGCUUUAGAUGCUGGAGUAUAACUUUAAAAAUGCUGCAUUGUAAAUCUAAUAAACUUGAAAAUUAAAAAAGAACAAUUUUGUGUAGUUCAAGUUACUAGCUUUCUACUGAAAACAGUAGUUUAGCCAGAAAAACGAAAUAGGCCAUCCAAAAUAUGCUUUAGUUUGAUGCAACAUUUGAUAGAUUCAAGGAAUAUAAAUAUUUGCUGAAGGUAGACCAGGCCCAACUAGGCUAGGCCGAGCUGAGUAGGCCAUGCCGUUCAAGCCAUCACGGUAAAAUUGGCAGUCUUAAAUAAUUGUUGACCUUCUAAAAGAUGGCCAGACGGCUCGCUGUCUAAGCUCUUGACUGAAAAUAAGAAUGAGAAAAGAAAACAAUUUUCUCUCUAGUGAUUGGUCAAUAAAUUAUAAAAUUUUUAUUUUAAAUUACUUAUGUGAUUCUUUAAAACAAGCAAUCAUAAGGAAUGUUUGUAAUUUUCACAUUUUUAUUUAUCAAGAAAGGAAGACACUCUUUAUUUGCCUUAUACUAUAGUUUGAUGCACACACUUCAGUUCAUUUCUUUUAAGAUAUCUACUGCAUACAGUAGUAUAGUAGUAAUUUUAUCAACAUUUUUAUCUACUAUUUCUCUAUAAUCUUAACAUACAUAUAUGUAGAGCUACUGUAUUUUUGUUUAGUAAACCAUCAAUAUCAUAAUACUGUACAGUAUAUAUUUCAAGGGUUUGAUUCGGCAAAUUAAAAUAUGAAAUAUUGCUU